AUGAGCCUUCUUCGUCGUGUCCUUCCAUCUCUUCAGCCUUCGGUCCGUUUCGCCUCUUCGGGUGUGUUUAGAAAAUUUAUUGUCGAACAAUUUUACUGUAAAUGGGAAUUCUAAGAAUUUUAGGCCGUUUGUACACGAAGAAGCACGAGUGGGUGGUUGUCGAGAAUGGCGUCGGAACCGUCGGAAUCACGGACUUUGCCACGGUAAAAAAAAGAAGGCUCCAAGACAUCAUCAACAUUGAGUGUGUUUUACAGGAACAGCUUGGCGACGUCGUCUUUAUCGAGCUGCCCGAUGAGGGAGCCGAGAUUCAGAAGGGCGAUUCUACGGGUGCCGUGGAAAGUGUGAAGGCCGCCUCGGACAUUUACGCACCAGUCUCUGGCACGGUCACAGAGAAGAAUGUGAAGUUGGAGGAGGAAGCGGGAUUGAUCAACAAGAGUCCGUUCGAGAAGGGAUGGCUGUAUAAGCUGACGGUGAAGUCGACGGACGAGCUGAACAAGUUGCUGAACGAAGAGCAGUACGAGAAGUUCAAGAAGGAGGAGGAAGCUGCUCACUAA